CUACACUCCACAGUGCUCGAGGUAUCAUUCACUCAGUCACUUUUAUUGCCUCAGAAAUCAUACCAUAGCAUCCUCAAAUGAAAAGACAACAUGAACACGGAAAGGGUGUUGGUAUAUGCCCUGUUUCUUCCUUUUCUGCUUCAGUUAAGUACUUGCUUGGACGUCCUAAACCAAAACAACACUAUCAAAGAUGGCAAUCUCUUGGUCUCCAGUGGCAAAACAUUCGCUCUCGGUUUCUUCAGCCCGGGAAAUUCUAGCCGCCGUUAUGUUGGAAUUUGGUAUUAUCGAGUUUCUGAGCAAACCGUUGUUUGGGUUGCUAAUCGGGAGAGACCAAUCAGUGGCACUUCUGGAGUUCUUUCAAUUGAUUCUGAUGGAAAUUCGGUGCUCCAUGAGAAAAAUGGAAGCUUUCCUGUUGGGUCGACAAAUGUUUCUUCUGCAUUAUCAAAUUAUUCUUCUCCAGCUCGGCUUAUGGAUUCAGGUCAUGUAGUUCGAGUUCAAGAUUUUAGCAAAAGGGUGAUAUGGCAAAGCUUUGAUUAUCCUACAGACACUAUGCUUCCUUUCAUGAAACUCGGGCUGGACCUCAAAACCGGUUUGAACCGGUUCCUAACAUCAUGGAAGUCCCCGGAAGAUCCGGCACCGGGCAAUUACUCCUAUAGGAUUGAUCCAACGGGCUACGCUCAAUUGUUCCUGUACAAGGACGGGGAUCCGUACUGGCGUUCCGGAUCAUGGGUCGGAGAUCGGUGGAGUGGCAUACCCGAAAUGACUCGCAAUUUCAUCUUCAACGUAAGCUUUGUAAAUAACCCAGAUGAGGUUUCUGUAAUGUAUGGCAUCAUCAACACGUCAAUCAUCUCAAGAAUGGUGGUGAACGAAUCGGGGUUGGUUCAACGAUUCACAUGGCAUGGCCAGGACCAGCGGUGGAUAGGAUUCUGGUAUGAUCCGAAGGACCAGUGUGAUUAUUACGGCAAGUGCGGGCCCAACAGCAACUGCAAUCCGUAUAAAGCAGGACAGUUCGAGUGCACAUGCCUGCCAGGGUUCGAGCCCAAGUCCCCGGGCGAUUGGUACCUAAGGGAUGGAUUGGCCGGGUGCAUAAGGAUGCCGGGGGCAUCGGCAUGUCGAAAUGGGGAAGGAUUCGUGAAGGUGCCGCUUGUGAAGGUGCCGGACACUUCAAAAGCACACACCAACAUGAGCUUUAGCUUGAAGGAGUGUGAGAAGGAAUGCCUGAGGAAUUGCUCUUGCACAGCUUAUGCUAGUGCCAAUGAGAGCCUGGGAGGUUUCGGGUGCCUCAUAUGGCAUGGUGAUCUAGUCGAUACGAGAACAUUCACUGAUUCAGGUCAAGAUUUAUAUGUACGGGUCGAUGCAAUUGAGUUAGCUCGUUAUAGGAAAAAAACAAGUUUCCUCAGUAAAAAGGCGAGGGUUGCAAUAAUUUUGGUUUCAGUUUUGACAGCGCUACUGCUCACCAGCUUCUUCUCCUACUGCUUGGUGAUCAAGAAGAGAAACGUUGUCUUGGAAAUAGAUCGCAGAAGCCAAAAUCCACUUGUGAGAGAUACGACCAAUUCAACAUAUUUCGAGGGCUCUCCGAGUGUAAAAGACUGCGAUGAUGAACCUAGAGGAAACAGAGAUGUGCCGCUCUUUGAUCUGAGCACAAUAGCUUUGGCAACAAACAAUUUCUCCUUCCUCAAUAAGCUCGGACAAGGCGGUUUUGGAUCAGUGUACAAGGGCGUUAUGGACAAUGGAACGGAAAUAGCGGUCAAAAGACUAUCGAAACAUUCGGGACAAGGAGUUCAAGAAUUUAAGAACGAAGUCCAGUUGAUUGCAAAGCUCCAACACCGCAACCUGGUGAGAAUACUAGGCUGCUGUGUCGAAGAAGAUGAGAAAAUGCUAAUUUACGAGUAUUUGCCGAACAAAAGCUUGGAUUGCUUCCUUUUCGACGAAACGAAAAGAUCGUUGCUAGAUUGGAGAAAACGGUUCGAAAUCGCAUCCGGGGUGGCUCGAGGACUCUUGUACUUGCACCAAGAUUCAAGGCUCAGGAUCAUCCACCGAGACUUAAAGGCCAGCAACGUCCUACUCGAUGCUGCAAUGAAUCCGAAGAUAUCAGACUUCGGUAUGGCUAGGAUAUGCGGCGGGGACCAAAUCCAGGGAAACACAAAUCGAGUAGUCGGAACAUACGGGUACAUGUCGCCAGAGUACGCAAUGGAAGGUAUAUUUUCGAUAAAAUCUGAUGUCUAUAGCUUCGGAGUUCUGCUAUUGGAGAUCAUCAGUGGCAAAAGGAACAGUGCAUAUUACCAUGAAAAUCCAUCUUCCAAUUUGGUAGGCCAUGUAUGGGAGCUAUGGAAGGAAGGAAGCUGCGACGACAUUGUCGACGAGUCGAUGGGUGAUACAUGCUCCAAGGAGGAGGCCUUGAGGUGCAUCCAGAUCGGUCUUUUGUGCGUGCAAGAAUUCACGGACGAUAGGCCGAACAUGUCCGCUGUUGUGUUCAUGUUGGCAAAUAGCGAUGUGGUUCUCGCAUCCCCGAAACGACCUGCAUACGUUUUCAAAAGCAAGCAACAUGGCGGGAAUCUAUCUACGAGCAGCGGAACCACUUCUGCGAACCUCGUAACCAUUUCGAUGGUUGAAGAAAACAUGAGCACAGAAAAGGGGUUAGUAUAUGCCCUGCUUCUUCUUUUUCUACUUCAGAUAAGUACUUGCUUGGACAUCCUAAACCAAAACAAUACUAUCAAAGAUGGCAAUCUCUUGGUCUCCAGUGGCAAAACGUUCGCUCUCGGUUUCUUCAGCCCGGGUAAUUCUAGCCGCCGUUAUGUUGGAAUUUGGUUUUACCAAGUUUCCGAGCAAACCGUUGUUUGGGUUGCUAAUCGAGAGAGACCAAUCAGUGGCACUUCGGGAGCUCUUUCAAUUGAUUCUGAUGGAAAUUUGGUGCUCCAUGAGACAAAUGGAAGCUUUCCUGUUUGGUCCACAAAUGUUUCUUCUGCAUUAUCCAAUUAUUCUACUACAGCCCGGCUUAUGGAUUCAGGCAAUCUAGUCCUGGUUCAAGAUUCUAGCGAAAGGGUGAUAUGGCAAAGCUUUGAUUAUCCAACAGACACCAUGCUUCCUUUCAUGAAAGUCGGGUUGAACCGCAAAACCGGUUUGAACCGGUUCCUAACAUCAUGGAAGUCCCCGGAGGAUCCGACACCCGGCAAUUACUCCGGUGGGAUUGACCCGACAGGGUAUCCUCAAUUUUUUCUGUACAAGGAUGGGAAUCCGUACUGGCGUGCCGGAUCAUGGACUGGAGAUCGGUGGAGCGGCGUACCCGAAAUGACUCGACAUUCCGUCUUCAACAUAAGCUUUGUAAAUGACCCAGACGAGGUUUCUAUAAUGGAUAUCGUCAUUAACGCAUCAAUCAUCACAAGAAUGGUGGUGAACGAAUCGGGGUCGCUCCAACGAUACAUAUGGCAAGACCAAGAUCGGCAGUGGAUAGAAUACUAUUUCGCUCCGAAGGACGAGUGCGAUUAUUACGGCAAGUGCGGGCCCAACAGCAACUGCAAUCCGUAUUACGCGGGCCAGUUGGAGUGCACAUGCCUGCCAGGGCACGAGCCCAAGUCCCCGGGCGAUUGGUACCUAAGAGAUGGAUCGGCGGGGUGCGUAAGGAGGGGAGGGGUGUCAGUGUGUCGAAGUGGGGAAGGAUUCGUGAAGGUGGCACGUGUGAAGGUGCCGGACACUUCAAAAGCACAUGCCAAUAUGAGCUCGAGCUUGAAGGAGUGCGAGGAGGAAUGCCUGAGGGAUUGCUCUUGCACAGCUUAUGCUAGUGCCAAUGAGAGCCGGGGAGCUUCCGGUUGCCUCAUAUGGCAUGGCGAUUUAGUCGAUACAAGAGCAUUUGGCGAUUCAGGUCAAGAUUUAUAUGUACGGGUGGAUGCCAUCGAGUUAGCUCGUUAUAGGAAAACAAGAUCCCUCAGCCAAAAGGCGAAGGUUGCGAUAAUUCUGGUUUCGAUUUUGACAGCUCUACUGCUCGCCGGCUCCUUCUCGUACCGCUUGGUGAUUAAGAAGAGAAAUGAUCGCAGAAGCCACAAUCCACCGAUAAUUGAUAUGUCGAAUUCAACAUAUUUCGAGGGCUCUCGGAGUGUAAAAGACCGCGAUGAUGAAACCAGAAGAAACAGAGAUGUGCCGCUCUUUGAUCUGAGCACCAUAGCUUCGGCAACAAACAAUUUCUCCGUCCUCAGUAAGCUCGGUCAAGGCGGUUUUGGAUCAGUGUACAAGGGCGUUAUGGACAAUGGAACGGAAAUAGCAGUCAAAAGACUAUCGCAACAUUCGGGACAAGGAGUGGAAGAAUUUAAGAACGAAGUCCGGUUGAUUGCGAAGCUCCAACACCGGAACCUGGUGAGAAUACUAGGCUGCUGUGUCGAAGAAGACGAGAAAAUGCUAAUUUACGAGUAUUUGCCGAACAAAAGCUUGGAUGCCUUCCUUUUCGACGAAACGAAAAGAUCGUUGCUGGAUUGGAGAAAACGGUUCGAAAUCGCAUGCGGGGUGGCUCGAGGACUCUUGUACUUGCACCAAGAUUCAAGGCUCAGGAUCAUCCACCGAGACUUAAAGGCCAGCAACGUCCUACUCGACGCUGCGAUGAAUCCGAAGAUAUCGGAUUUUGGCAUGGCUAGGAUAUGCGGCGGGGACCAAAUCCAAGGAAACACAAAUCGAGUUGUUGGAACAUACGGGUACAUGUCGCCAGAGUACGCAAUGGAAGGUAUAUUUUCGAUAAAAUCUGACGUCUAUAGCUUCGGAGUUUUGCUGUUGGAGAUCAUCAGUGGCAAAAGGAACAGUGCAUAUUACCAUGAAAAUCCAUCUUCCAAUUUGGUAUGCCAUGCGUGGGAGCUAUGGAAAGAAGGAAACUGCGAGGACGUUAUCGACGAGUCGAUGGGUGAUUCAUGCUCCAGGGAGGAGGCCUUGAGGUGCAUCCAGAUCGGUCUUUUGUGCGUGCAAGAAUUCGCGGAGGAUAGGCCGAACAUGUCCGCCGUCGUGUUCACGUUGGCUAACAAAGACGUGGUUCUCGCAUCCCCGAAACGACCUGCAUACGUUUUCAAGAGCAAGUACCAUGGCGCGAGUCUGCCCGCAAGCGACAGAACCGCUUCUGCGAACGACGUAACGGUUUCGAUGGUCGAAGGCCGCUAGUUUCGCCCUUCUAUUGCCCUGGAUUAGUUAUAAUAUAACACAAAUUCACUCUAAAAUCCUAGUAGUUUAUGGAAGGAUUGCGUACUGGAACUCCAAGGUGUAUUGAACCCGCUGAAGUCCGAAAGAGAGACAUCUGCAUGCCUCGGCUGUCAAACCGAUGUGGAAUGCUUAUGUUCAUAAUGUUUGGUAUGUUUAGGAA